AUGCCUCACCUCGUGCCGUUUUUCGAGCAGGUAGAUAAGCUGCAGGAGACGUUCGUCGAUAGGCUGAAGGAGGCUGUGGCUAUUCCGAGCAUCAGCUCUGAAGAUGAGCGGAGGAAGGACGUCGUGAAGAUGGGCCAUUGGCUCGCCGACCAGAUCAAAGCACUCGGUGGUACAGUAGAGCUGCGCGAGCUCGGAAAGCAGCCUGGCCGCGAGCACCUCGACCUCCCGCCCUGCCUCCUCGGCCGAUACGGCAACGACCCCAAGAAGCCGAAUAUUCUCAUCUACGGCCACUACGAUGUACAGCCUGCGCAGAAGUCGGACGGCUGGGCGACCGAUCCAUUCAAGCUGAGCAUUGACGACAAGGGCCGCAUGUAUGGACGCGGUUCGACGGACGAUAAGGGACCAGUUCUCGGCUGGCUUAACGCGAUUGAGGCACACCAGAAGGCCGGCGUAGAGGUUCCGGUCAAUCUGAUCAUGUGCUUCGAGGGCAUGGAGGAGAACGGGUCAGAGGGGCUGGAUGAGACGAUUCGCGCGGAAGCGAAGGGUUUCUUCAAGGAAGCCGACGCGGUCUGCAUCUCGGACAACUAUUGGCUGGGCACAGAGAAGCCCUGCUUGACGUAUGGCGUCCGCGGCUGCAACUACUACGCCGUCGAGGUCUCUGGGCCCGGACAGGACCUGCACUCUGGCGUAUAUGGCGGCACAACCCACGAGCCUAUGACUGACCUAGUCCGCAUCAUGAACUCCCUUGUGGAUCCUGAUGGUAAGAUCCUAAUCAAGGGCAUCGACGACCUAGUGGCUCCUAUGACCGACGAGGAAGCUGCGUUGUACCCUCCAAUCGCCUUCACUAUGCAAGACUUGCACGAGUCGCUCGGCAACGAAGUAUCCAUCUUCGAUAACAAGGACGAUGCGCUCAAGCACAAGAUGCGGUACCCAUCGCUCUCACUACACGGUAUCGAAGGCGCCUUCUACACCCCGGGAGCAAAGACCGUCAUCCCCGCCAAAGUCAUCGGCAAGUUUUCCAUCCGCACAGUCCCCGACAUGGAAAUCGACGCCGUCAACAAGCUCGUGGAGAAGCACGUCAACGACGAAUUCGCAAAGCUCAAAUCUAAGAACAAGAUGAAGCUAAAUACCGUGCACUGCGGCAAGUGGUGGGUUGAGGACACUAACCACCCCAACUACACUGCUGCGGCAAAGGCUGUCGAGAGGGUGUUUGGCGUUAAGCCAGAUAUGACGAGGGAGGGUGGCAGUAUCCCCGUUACACUGACGUUCCAGGAGGAGCUGGGCAAGAAUGUGUUGCUGUUGCCGAUGGGGAGCUCGACAGAUGCGGCGCAUUCGAUUAAUGAGAAGUUGGAUAAGAGGAAUUAUAUUGAGGGGACGAAGCUGCUGGGAGCUUACCUGCACUACGUCGCGGGAGAGCUCAAGCGUGCCUAA